UCGCUGUUGGGCCAACUAUCAGAAGCAUGGUGUCCACACUGAGCUACGUUCAAAACCACCAAACCAGACAAAGUGUGUGUGAUCAACUAAUUGUACCUCAGUGAAGUUAGUGACACUCACCUCCACUAACUGUGUGAACGAUCCUCUUCGUGUGUUGCAACAGCUGACGUGACAGUAGUGUCCGCUCCGUGUCUCUGCCACAGAUGGUUGGUAGUGUUCAUUAAUCGCACGCUGCUGAACACACCCCGGCAGAGUUGUCAUCCUGUUGAACUCUGACCAAAACACACACUGAGGCAGAAACUGUUCAACCCAGACGUGCGGACCGUCACAUCCUCCAAAUGCCGAGACGAUCGCGGUGGGAAAGAGUGUCUGAGCGGCGGCCUGAGGACCGGGGCUUUUAGAGUAGCGCUAACUAGCUAGGCUGCUAACGCUACCGCAGCUAACGGAGGCUAGCUACCGUUAGCUCCUGGAAACGUUAUGCCAGGCGAGUCUACAACGACCGCAGCUGCUGGGAGUGGAGACCGCUUCUUCUGUUGCCUUAACCGUGAGCCCGGCGGUGCGACACGGGCUCGGCGGGUCGUCAGGUAGCCGUGUGAGCUAAAAGCUAAACUCAUUCUCCGCUGUGUUUUAUUUUUGUCGCUGCCUGGAACAACCUGUCAGAAUGGGGAUGUGCUUACCGUGCCUCGGCGGAGCGGCGGACGACGUCGUUGUCACCCCAGAUCCUGAGGCGAGGAGACGACAGUUAGCCGAGGCCGCAGAGAAGAGACAAAAAGAGACAGCAUACCGUGGUGUUAAAAACCCAGAAGCGGUCGAGAGGAAAAGGAAAAAACAGGAAGAAACUGAGAAACAGGCGAUGACGACGUCUGCGUCUGGUGGCGGCGGGUUGAAGUGGCAGGUAGGAUGAACACCCUGAUGAAGUCUUGACUCUGAAGUCCAAAACAACGUGGAGCAUCACUGCUAGAUGACUUGAAAGAUGUCCAAACUGCUGUCCAUUCGUCAACUUUUUGUUUUUGUUAUUUGCCUAUUUUAUGGUGUUGCGAGACAAACAGCUGCAAAACGAUCUGAACAUCAGGACAGCCCACCUGUUGCCAAGUUACACAAACCAGUUUGGACCUUUGGACAAAUCAAGGAUGAUACGCAGUGAUAGCAAAUGCAGACUAUUGCAUUAGAUAACACCAAAUUAUCUAAAUCUAAAGUCAAGUUGUGUCUCUGUGAACACAUUGAAACAAGCUGUCUUCAACACUCUUUAUCACACGAGCUUCAUCGCUGCACCAUUCCUUUUACUUUCUCAGUUGAGGAUCAGUAUUCACUGUUGAUCUGUUCAUGGCCAAAUUACUUUUUCUGUCCCGUUAUACAAAGGACUCAUUUCACAAGUUGAACACAGUUUAUGUUUACAUAGCAAUUUAACUGCUUAUUGUAGUCUUAUUGUACAAUAAUGAGCAUCCACACACACACUACAUAUUUCACCUUGGUCAGGCUCUAUUUGUCUAUAACACAAAGGCUAGUGCAAACAGUGCUGUAACUCGUUAGUAUUGAAGGAACUUGUUAUUCUCUUUGCUCAUCUCUGGAGUCUCUGGAGCAUCUCACAGUGAAGUCCCUUGGUGCAGAAGGAAAUGCGAGUCAUGUCUUGGACAUUUUACGAAGAACAUGUUGGACAACCAGGCUUAUACUCUUCAACAUCAUACAGUUGCUACAUUUGUGAUGAAGGAAGUAAGCACUGAAAAAUAGGGAUGAACUUGUGCACAUGACCUAUUGCAUUUGCACUGGCCUUUGUUAAUCCCCCUUUUAAUAGAGUCUAAUUUCAGAUGAACCUUUUGGUGUUCUCUGCACAAUUCCAGUUAAAUGAUAUUGUAUGCAAAACUCUGAUGUGUCGCCUGCUUAAUUUGAAUGAGAUAUUGGUUGUGUUUAUAUAUUGCCAUUUGACAAAGAGAAGCUUUUGUUAGGCAUCUAUUCGCACACAGUUUGUCAAUAUUUGGUGCCCAGCAAAUAAGCCAGCUUUCAUUCUUUGUUGAGAGAGAAACUAGAAACAGAAAUGUGAAGAAACCGAAGGAAAGAAUAAGUGAAUUGUGUAUGUUGUGAUUUUUCUUUUUGAACUAUGACUUGCUUUAACUGAGUGCAUUUCUUACAGCCUUCACUUGAUCCUAAAUGCUUCCGGUGCUCUCUCCCUUUUGUAGAACAGGAAAGCCAAUGGUAUUUGCUACAAUAAAUCACAUUUCUGCUA